AGUAAUAUAACUAGAAUUGGCUCAUCUUCAGUUCUCCUAGUUAGUAAAUCUUUAAACACAAGGACAUAAGAACUUUAAAAAAAGAAUAGUCUGUGCUAGAAACUGAAGGACAUGGUGCCUGCUGUCAUUGUCUUCUAUGCUCUGAGAACUGUACAGCUUAACUUUUGCAGAAAGGUAGUACCCUUUCCACUUAAUGGAUGACAGUAAAGGGGAAACGAGUGUUGGCUGUUCAUCUAUAUUUGCAGAAUGGUUUCUGGCCUAUUAAUAUCCUCAGUGCCAGUAUGAGAAAAAUACAUGUGAAAACUUUGGAAAAACAAAUCUCCCCCAGUAUGGCCUCUUUGGAAUUAAUUAUAGUAACAAUAUAAGGUAUUGAUCAUCUGUUGGUUCUUCUUGUGAUGUCUAGACAGAGAGAAACUGAGUAAAUCUAACAACUGUUGUCCACAGUUCUGGAAACAUGAGUACAAAGUGUUCCCUUUGUCAAGGGAUUGAAUGUGGUUCUUGGAAACUACUAAUCUGGCAUGGAGUCACUUCAGGAAUAGAUGCGUGCACUUGCUGCAGUAUCCCUGCUGUUGGAUGUGGUGCUUUUAUUGCAGCUGUAUUGGCUGCAGAGCUUUGGGGCUGAAUGUCUGCUUCUGGAAGAGUCUAUCUGACCUUGAUGUGUCCUCUUCUAGGAGUAUAAUAACUGUUCCAGUCUCAUGUGAAUGUGAGGACAACCUUGCAAGGCCUUAGCUGGAGCUGCCUACACUGUUAAAAUAGCAUCGGUUUGAUUCUAUUUUGGGCUUCCACUUGCCUGAAAACAACUUCCACUCGAAAAAUGAAGGCUGACUUCUGUUGGCAUAAAAACAUUUGAACUCAUUUAGUUAAGGUUUUAUGAAAAAAUUGAAGUGUGCAUUUUUCUUGUGAACUUCAAUUAACUAUUGCUGUUCAGUUAGUAAGAAAACAAAAACCAGUGGUUACAUUAGUCAAGGACACACUGACAAAGCAUCUUGAACCAGCCCGUGGCUUGUAAUAAAGGCUUUCUAAAAUGCACAUCCAGUGUGACUUCCUAAGUAUACCUGACUAUUCCCUUACUGUAGUUGUUUGUAUAACAGAUCUAAGAUCAGUGUGAGGGAAGUGACUGCUACAAAGUGUUCAACUGCUGCUCCCAACUGCAGGUGAGUGGCAAUCCAUCAGCAGUAGGCUUUCUGUUAGUAGCUGGUUUCUUGGAAGUCAUAAUUCAGAACCAAGUCCUAUUAGUAUCUUUGUUAGAAAGAUGAUGUUUAAAAAUUCUGAAGCGGUUUAAAAGGUAUGGUAGCAAACAGUCUUAAAUAUAUGCUGUAGUCUAGUUUUCAUACAUAGAUGAUUAAAUUAUUACAUAAAUUGGUAUCUAGAUGAUCAUUUAAAUGAAACCCAUGCAAUUACACUGCAGUCAUGUGAGUUAGAUAACUGAAAAUGUGUUAUAGCUCAUGUUUGGUACAGCCACAGUUAGCCUGAGCUUAGUGGCAGUAAGAUCUCUGGCAAUGUUUGGCUUGACCUACUUAAGUAGAUAUACAGAGAAUUCCAAGCAACUUCUACAAAGCUUCCACAGAGGAAUUGUAGCUUUAGCUUUGUGUGACAAACUUCAAUGGCUUUUGACUUCCCUUUAAACUAGUUGGAUGGGAUCUUGGAGGCUUUGAAGUCUACAGGGGAUGAAGGUCUUCCACAGACCAUAAUAGGUCUUUAUAGGAAAAUGAUACUUGAGCAGCAGACACUUGUUACAGUGACAGCUCUUCAGGGAAAUGAGAUUUUAAUGCUGUUAUGUUAAUCGAGGUUAAUGCCACAGCAGUUUCCUGACUUAUCUUCUGUUUGUAGUACACUUCUCUCAAUGUUGAUUAUGAAAGAAACUAACACUUUUUUUCUUCUUUUUUGUAUGUGCUUUUUGAAUGGAAAACAAUGAUGGCUCACUUGAACAGUACGCACUUUUGGGGGCCAGUUGCCAACUGGGGACUUCCUGUUGCUGCUAUUAAUGACAUGAAGAAAUCUCCAGAAAUAAUCAGUGGCCGAAUGACAUUUGCACUGUGUUGUUACUCCUUGACUUUCAUGAGAUUUGCCUACAAAGUGCAGCCAAGGAACUGGCUUCUUUUUGCAUGCCACUUGACUAAUGAAGUUGCACAACUUAUUCAAGGAGGACGACUGAUCAAAUACAGGCUGGAGAAAAAGAACUAAAUGUCUAACUUGAAAUAAGCCAGGGAAUGUGUUCAUCCUGAAUUAGAACCAAGGAAGACUUGCCAUCUACAGUUGCCGUGACAGUUACAAUGGGGAUAAAACAGAAACACCCAUUAUGAAUGACCCCACCAAGAAUCCUCCUACUAAUUUUUUUACAUUGCCUUUUAAAAAGUACUAUUCAGCAAUUUAAACCAUCACAUUUAAAGUCUUGCUGCCUUACAGGUCCCUAAUAACUACCCUUUUAUUAAAGAGUUAGUCAUCUGAAUAACAAGCAAUAUUUGAAACCCAA